UCAAGAGGUUAAAAGUUUCUCUUUAUUUUACUGAACUGGUGGUGUUUCUUGCCGUGGUGCAGUGACGUCGACGCGCUCCCUGCUACUUUCCGGACGACUCAUAGAAAGUCGCGUUACAAGCGUGUCCGUGUCACUGUGAGCGUUGCCAGAAUGAUCGGAGAGUGAGUUAGUGGGUACAAAUACGGGUGCCCUUGUAGAUAGAGUGAAGAUUCAGUAAUACGUAAUGUGAAUGCGUACUACCCAUGUGUAUAUGAUCGCAUUACUAGCUUAGUGGAGGAGGUGGCGACGUGUGGCAGUUGAGCAUGGCCGAGUUUAGUGUAUGGUGAAAGAGGAAGUGCGGGGCUGCGGGACUGGGUCUCGCCGCGCAGCCAGAGCCAGUGUGAGCCACCGUCGCUCAGUGUGCCUUGAGCAGCAGGUGGUGAGCGGUGUUGCUCUUUCCGUCCAAUCGCUUGGUCUGCACGUGACUUCUUUCCCACAGUGCAACUGAUGAUGUUUAGAGCCUUUGUGUAGUGUUGAUAGCAGCGGCGGGGGGAGGCUGCCAGCACGCACUGUACCCAGCAUGUCGUGAUCACUGAAACACGGCGCUACUUAUUGUGAUAUUGAAGGAUCUCAGGGGAGCAGCGGCAUCAUGCACGACGUAGACAGAUACCGCGGCUCGUGCCUCAUUGUUUCUAAGCCUCGGGGGGGUCGCACCCACCCCCGGGGACGACCUUCGCCUCAGGACUCAAGUCAGGAGUCGCCGCUGGAGUCCUCCGGGUACAUGCUGGAGGGUGGCUCUGCUCUGGCGGGGAUGCCACUGUUUUCGUUCUUGCCACGUCGCGGAUCCAUGCGAAGCCCUCACCAGGGCCGCCCUCAGCACCAUCUCCACCACUCCAGCCCACCACACUUCCACCGCCACACACACCCGCAGCAGCAGCAACAACAACAACAUCAACAUCAACAUCAGCAGCAGCAGCAGCAGCAGCAGCAGCAGCAGCAGCAGCAACAACAGCAAAGGGGACAGCGAAACCAACGGUUUGGGAAACCUGGUGAUUUUGUUCAUGGUUCGGACAACAGUGGCACUCCUGAAAACGGAGAUGAGUUGGAGCGGCUGCCCCUUGCCCGCCUGGCCCUCCACACCCAAGGCGCCCCUCUCAUCCUGGCCAGCAGAGGCCCUCAGCGGUCUCCACGAAACUCAGAGAUGGAGGGCUCUCCUGCUGCCGGCAGCGAUGCUGUGUCCGUCACUUCCGACGAAGGGAGCACGGGCCAUGCCGAGAACUGCCUGCCCCGCAUCAUCAAGCCUCGGAAGCGCAGGAAGAAAGACCGCAAACCAGUCCCCGGCUCGCCUCCACCCAUGGCGACUGAAGGCGAAGGGGGCGGUACCAUAGUGACACUGAAGCCGUACCUCCCUAUGUGCUAUAACUAUCACUCCAAAACUGGCACCGGGUGUGAGGGAUCUCGGACCUGUGGCUGUGGUGCUUGUGUUCAGUCCCAUGUUUUUCCCACACCCCCGCCCUCCCCGGCCUCCUCCUCGUCCUCUGUCCCAAGCAGUCUGUCAUCAGCGUCGUCUUCAUGUUCUUCUUCUGAAGACGAACCUAUGUUUGGAUGGACGGGGGGACACGGCCCGGGGCCGGGGCCGGGACCGGGACCGGGACCGGGACCGGGCACAGGGUCGGUUCCUAGAGUAGGGUCAGAAGGACGGAAUCAAUUGGUGCGCUCUCUAAGCGAACCGCAGUCCGCCUCAACCCUGCACAUCUCUUCUACUGUCACUCACUCCUUCGCGGGUCACCGCGACCUGGAUAUUCGCAUUGGAAGUGGUGCACUGCGGGAGGCGGCCGCUGCCCGCACGCGUCACUGGUCACUGUCCACCCCGUCCACCCCGUCUAUAGUGCCCCGUCCCGCCUGUUUCGAUGAUCGCAUCACGUCUUCCCAGCGAAAUUCAGUCACAACCCCACAACCUCCGCAGAGACCCUGGAUACACCUCGGAGAACCCGACCGCACCAAACCCUCAUUAUGUUCACCAAUUGUCUUCUUCAGAGAUGGUAUCUUCACAGUGAUGUGCUACAACGUAUUGUGUGACAAGUAUGCCACCCGCCAGAUGUAUGGCUACUGUCCCUCAUGGGCACUGGAGUGGGAGUACCGCAAGAAAGGCAUCAUGGAUGAAAUCAAGCAUUACAUUGCUGACAUAAUCACGCUACAGGAAGUUGAAACAGACCAGUUCUUCAAUUUUUUCUUGCCGGAGUUGAAGAAUGAGGGCUAUGAUGGCAUCUUCUCACCCAAAUCUCGAGCCAAGCACAUGUCUGAAAAUGAAAGGAAAUAUGUUGAUGGUUGUGCCAUUUUCUGGAGAACUAGCAAGUUUACCCUGAUCAAAGAGCGACUCAUUGAGUUCAACCAACUGGCCAUGGCAAAUCAUGAUGGUUCUGAAGACAUGCUUAACCGAGUCAUGACCAAAGACAACAUUGGUUUAGCUGCUCUGCUUGAGACCAAAGAGGCUGCAUGGGAGAAUAAUUGUGUCCCCAUGGACAAGUCUCAGAUGAGCCAGGCAGUGCUGGUGUGUACAGCACACAUCCAUUGGGACCCAGAAUUCUGCGACGUCAAACUCAUACAGACCAUCAUGUUGAUGAGUGAAAUACGCCAAAUAGUGUCAGAGAUUGUCGAGGAAUCCCAACACAGGUCAAGGCCAGGUCGGAAGAUUGACCCUAAUUCCAUCCAACUGCUACUUUGUGGGGAUCUCAACUCGCUCCCAGAUUCAGGUGUUGUUGAGUUCUUAACAAAAGGCACCGUGUCCAUGGACCAUGAAGACUUUAAGGGCUUUGGAUACAAGACUUGCCUGCAGAAGAUAGCAAUGACCAAAAACAACAAUUCCUUGGUUAACACGGCUGCCAAUUGCUACACUCACUCCUUCAGGCUGUCUGCAGCAUAUGACUUCUCCAUAAUGGCAUAUACAAACUAUACGUAUGACUUCAAGGGAAUCAUUGACUAUAUUUUCCAUAGUGCUGAUACAAUGUCAGCCCUUGGGGUCCUUGGUCCCAUUGAUCCAGAUUGGUUUAGAGACAACAAAGUAAUGGGGUGUCCACAUCCCCAUAUCCCAUCAGACCACUUUUCUCUAUUAGUGCAACUUGAGAUGCGACCUGCGACUGCAGCCCUGUGUCACCCUAAUGGACUUCUCCACCGGUAGCCUGUGGCAGACAACACCCCUACAAUCCUAUCAUCACCACCACCUCCACCUUCACCACUACCACAACCUUCACCACCACCCUCACCACUUCCACCACCACCACCACCUUCACCAUCACCAACACCAACACAACCACCACGACCACCACCACAACUAACAUCACAGGGGCACAGUCCACUCACCUCGGGUCUCCUGAAGAGGUGUCUGACCCCUUGGGGUAGGCCAGGCUCACAGCAGCAGUUGUCCAAGUUGAUGACUCCUGCUGACACUAAUGAUUUUCUGAGUAAUGUUUCAAUUAGGAUGAACAUUGUGCUUGUGAUAAUGAUUCAGGUGAGAUAGGAAGAAGGUGGAAUAGCCUACACCCACCUUGCUCACCUGGCCAGGAAGCACAGUUUGUCAUCAUUGAAAUGUUACUUGUGGCUCUGGCAUAUUUGAUGAGCCUAAGUUAUAUGGGUGUUACGGUACAAAGAAAACAUUAAGUUUGAACUUUUAAAACUGAAUGGUUGAAUGUAUUGAAAUUGUUUUUUGGAAGUAAGUGGGGCUGGAUCUUGUACAAAAAAUGUAGAGCUGAUAGGUAGGUCUGAACGUAACUUUUGACUGUGCCCCUUAUCUUGCCUUUGGCUUCCAGGCUUGUGUGUCACCUUCAAAAGAAGCACACAGGCAGCUGCCACUCCGAUCUCACUUGUGUGUUCCGAUGGGCCCAGCCUCCCUACCUCUUCCCUCCCAUGUUCCCUACACACACACUCAUCUUUUUUAACUUCUAAAUCCCACUGUCUGCCAAGAAUUGAAGAUAUGCCAUACAACCAGACUAUCCACUCCCUUCAUCAGUCUGGGAUGAUCACCUGCACUCUUAACUCCACCUCACUGCCACCUGCCACCUGCCACGCCACCAGCAUCAGAGGCCACUUCCUUACCCUCCCCCUCCCCUCACACCCUCACACAGCUGAAGCCAGGCUAUGUCAAAUCUUGCAUGUUCCCACUUCUUCAUGCAUCCUACAGUUUAACCUUCUGGAAGCCAAAUUAUUUGCAACUACAAUGUUGUACAGGAAGUAUGCCCUCCCUUUACUAUAUGAUUUAUGUUUGUAACUAUGCCGUCUUAAACACAUGGAUGGUAUGGUAUUUUUUCAUCCAGAAGCUGACCAGCCCAAGCUUACAACAUCUCCCUAUGGGGCUGCUCCCCACCACUUGAACACCUGAAACACGCACCACCAACAUUGGAUAUCUAGUUGUUCUUAAAGGCUUUCCUGCCCUAUUUUUAAAGUGUGUGUGUGUGUACGUGUGUGAGUACGUGUGAGUGUUUGUGUAUGUGUGUAUGUGUGUGUACCUGGGGAUUAGUUGAGAGGUUCAAAAAAAUACAUUGGUUGGAACAUCCUUCACAAUUAAGUACGUGUCUGGUUGAUUGUGACUUUUAUCAGUGCUUGAGCAUUACUUGUUUCCAACCAAGAGUAUCAUUAAACCAGCCUCUCUUAUUUGAUUAAAAACUACAUAUAUAUUGAUACUGUUGUUUCUUACCUCUGACCAGUUUUCAUGAUACGGCCCAUAAGAGAGCAGGGACAAAAGGGAAAUUGAGUUUUAGUGUCACUCUUGGAAUCCUGCUUUUUAUGUAGUUUAUUACUUCUAACCUGUUUGGCUGAGCCUUUUCAUUUCAAACCUAGCAGUUUUAAGUUGUGUAUGUGAUACAAGCACCAGACAUUGUGAGAUAUUCCUGUACAAUAUGGACCAGUCCAUUUACAGAUUUGUAAUGAAAACAUUUGCCUCUUCAUUGGCAAUAUUAUGUUCAUACUUAAAUUUAUUAUAUAUUGACGUGUGUAUGUAUAAUUUUAUUAGUAUUAGCGUUAAUCUUCACACACCACCAGAGAUUUUCGUCACCAUAUGUUUUACUCCACUGUUUAUGUAUCAUCUGUCCUUGUGCCGUGCCCUCCCUGUGAUAAAGUCUAAUUGCAAAGUUGUCCCAGUUAAGCUUAUACAUAUUUUUUAUUUUAGAGCUGUAUUGAGUCUAUAUUACACAUCAAAAUUAAACUUUGCUGAGUUUAGUAGAGCACCAAAUGGGAAUAUUCAUAGUAAUAAUAAUUAACUAAUUAUGGCAGUCACUGAUAUCGACAUUUCAAUAGAAUUUAUUGAAUCACCAUACAUACUAAGUAUAUUCCUUCCAUAAUGAUGGUGUGACAUGGGUGUUUGUGUAUUGCAGUGAUGUACUGUACAGUGUUAUGAGUAAUCUUACUGUGGAUCACAUGACAUGGAUUUUUAAGGCCAGUAACAUAAUCCUCAAGUGAUUUAUCCACACAGAAAUAAGGCAUUAUUGCAGUCAUAUAUUUUCCAAGUGAAAAAUUUUACUUGUUUGUUUUUGUUUGAAUUUUUUAGCAACGUUUACAAAAUUGUGGAACUUUUUUGGACAAGUGAUUGGUAUUUUUAUAAAAUUGAUUGAGUAAUUUAGUAAAAUGAUUUUUUUGAAAAAAUUAGGAACAUUUAUGCAUAUGUUAUCUCUGUAGCGGCCAUAGCUAAAUUUUGUGACAACUAGGACAAUUAUUUAUAUUACCACAUGAAAUGAGACUUGUAUUAUUGCCAGAUCAAAUGUUUUCCUUUCAAUGCUUCUUACAUCAGUAGUCAACAUGCCACUCCUGAAAUUGAUUUCAUAGGAGGUAAGUAAUUUGUGCAACUCUUGAAGGAGGGCAGCAAACAGGGUUCAAUGUUCCCAUGAGUAAUCUUCAAAUGGAAUUUGCAGUGUUAGAAGACUGGCUCCCCUUUAUAGUCAAUCCUUUGGGAAGUUUGUAAUUGUAAUUGUUGGAGAAGCAGGAAGAGUGCUCUGUAUGUAAUCCAUGUUUUUCUGCCUUUUCUUAUUUAUGCUACUCUCGCAUAACCUUCAAACUAUAUUUUAUGCAUACACUGGAGUAAGUAAUCUAGAUUGAUCUUUGUAAAUGGUUAUGGGCUGUUUGAGGCUUCUUGAAGGACCUAGUCAGCAGAUCUUCGGGUAUACUCUGGUGACAGUUUGCAACUAUUCUUAAUAACACAGGCUACAAAUGACUGCCAUCAAAAUUUUAUCAUCUUUUGUGUUUGAGAGUUUGUAAUGUUAGGUAUCAAGUCAAGUUUUAUACAUACUGGACCUCUCAUAGAGGGUUAUGAACAAAUGUUGAACUGCUUUAUAUUUGUAGCCUACAACCUUCUUUGUUGUUUUUGUAAGGCAUAAUAUGUAGUGAGAAUGUUUGUAACUGGUUUUGGAUUAGAUGUGUCCCGUACUUGAUCAACGCUGGAGGCUAGUCUGCUCCAGUGAGUCCGCUUGUGCCGCCUCGGUACACGACCGCCCUGCUGCAGCCCCCACCCCUGUGCACCCCACCACUCACUCACAUCGUCAUCCACUAGAAGCAUACUCAUUUCAAUGGAGUAACCAUCCAAAAUGUAUAUUGAUGUAAAUGUUUUGACUGGCCAGCUUACAAAUAUCAGUAUGAAGCUGUUGACCUUUUGAGUCUUAUUUAAAAAAAAAAGUAAUUUUAGGAUAUAAUUUCAGUUAAACUUAUUGUUUGUAGCUUUAUUGCACAAAUCAGAAUUGUUGAGUUGCAGCAUUUUUCUCAUAUCUAGUUCUGUAUAUUGUUAUGUCUUUUCAUUCAUAUUUUAUUGUACGUCAUUUUGUAUACUUGCAUUCAUACAGUUUACUUAUCUCUGAGCAUCAGAAUCCUCUGUGAUGCCCAAGAGAUGUGCUGUGGGCCAGGUGCCUGCAUCACGGCCCAGCUGGGGUGCCACUAUCUGUAAAGCUUUAUUUUUUUUGGUGGUGCCACUGCUAGCCUGGCUGACCCUCAACCUCCACCUCACGGACUUGGUAUCGCACCAAUCUUUUAUUUUGAAUUUUUUUUUUAUUUAUUUUUUUAUCGGGAUAGAUUUUUCAGUUUCUUUUCAGCAGUUUUCAGUGAUAUUGUAUAGUAGUGUGUAGUUUAAGUUUUAUUGUACUAUAUAAUUUUUUGAUCGAAGUAUAACUUUGAAUUAAUGACCGCUGGAGGAAAACGCUAAGUGAAGGCAGCUAGAGGCGGCUUGAGGGCUGGCCGGGGGGAGAGCCGUGGCAGGCACAGGAGCACUUGGGUGGAGUGAGUUAGGGCUAGUGCAAGUGGCGGUCCUCAGCAGUACAAAAUGUCUCCUGUGCCCCGUGCAAUGGUCAUUAUUAUAAUAUAAUUACUCUUGACGUCAGUUCAUCACCCAGUCCUCACCCGACCACGCGGUAGCACACGCGUCUAGACAUUAGUAACGUUAGGAUUCAGUAAUAAAAUACUGCAGAUUA